GCUGUGGUAGUGCCUUUCGAAUCGCACUUCUUUUGCGAUUGCGAGUAUUUUGGCAUGCCAGUGAACGGUGGUCCGGUGGCAAUAAAAAAAUGCAUCUCGGCUUAGAGCAAACAAAGGCAGGUUGCGACUCGGGGCACAGAUACUCGUCACAGUUAGAUCGGAUCGGUAGACUCAAAGUGGUGUCAACAUCGAGCUUGUGAAUCGAAAAUCAUUUAUUUGUUCUGAUCUUGUUGAUCGUUAACUGUGUUCAGUUUAGCAUUAUGUUCCUACUAAAGAUAAUGGCUGCAACGUGUGUCGCAACCGUGGCGUUCGGUGGUGCAACCGCGGUUCAGUUGUUUCCCACUCAAGGUCACACCGGAAAUGGAUCGAUUGUGUUGUCUAACUGUGAGUUCGAAGUGAUGGAUUUCAUGGUGAAGAAGUUUUUUCGUGCUCAUGAUCGCAUUCUUCUACAUCAUCCAAACGGUGCGAUUCCUAACGAUCCCUUUGCGUGUCCAACUCGAUGACACGGAGGAGAUGCGACGAACCAAACGACAUUGCAUGGUGCUGGUUCGAGUUCUGUUGGGCGCCGAUGGCUAGCUGUGAUACCCGCAAGGAUAUACUCUACUUGUCACUGGCAUUUAACUAUCUGACUCAGCUUCCAAUUCGGGCGUUAAAGAAUUUCGAGAAUUUAGAAUAUCUGUCUCUAAUGCAAAAUUCACUUGAACUUGCACCGAAUCCAGGGAAUCAUCCUAAACUUCCAAACCUCCCGCAGCUUACGGCGCUGGAUAUGCGAUUUUGCAAACUGCGAAUGCUUCCUCCGGACUUUUUCCACGAAGUACCAAAUUUGCAGUUCCUUUUUUUAGGCAACAAUUUGAUCACAAAACUGCCGGAUCCCAUUUUCCAUAGACUUCCACAUUUGAUCCAUCUAGACUUGUCCCAUAUGGAUAGUUCCGAGCGCCAAGCUGAGCUUCAAGCAGAGAAUCCAUUCAUGAAGCUAACAGGUGGCAUGGAUUUGGAUCCCAGAGUAUUCCAGUCGCUACCGAAACUACGAUUCCUGGAUUUAUCAUUCAGCAAGCUAGAACUGAAGGCAUUCAUCGCGUUAACGGCACUUAGUACGCAACUGGAAUAUGCAAGUUACUGUUUCACCGAAUUACCAACUCUUCUUGAUCAUCUGUUCAUCGAAAGCAUUAGGAUGCUAGACCUUUCCGGUUAUGUUGGAGGAGGCCGUUCAAUCAAUCGGACGACUUUAUCGCUGUUGAAAAAUAACUUGGAAAUUUUGCACUUCGCCGACUCCGAUUUAACUCGGUUGGAUUGGGUGGAGGAAUUGCGAGCGUUGAAAGUGUUGAAUUUCAGAAAUAAUUUAGUGAGUUCACUUGAAUAUGAUUCGUUCACAAAGCUGGAAAAUUUAGAAGUGUUGGAUGUGAGUCACAAUUUAAUUCAGUCUUGGACAAAAAGCGUUUUUUUCAACAAUCCAAAAUUGGAGGUCGUCAACUUAAGACACAACAAACUGCUGCCAAUGACGAGCUCUAUGCUGGAAGAUUUGGAGACAGUAAAUUACCUAGCACUGGGAGGCAACCCGUUGCAAUGCAGCUGCAACUAUAAUUACUUGCUGCGAGCGGUUUUCGAAAACAACUCAGUGCCACUACAAAGAACUGAUUUCAACGAGAACGCUAACUCGAUUUCACCUACUUUAUCGGCAUUACAUGCAAAGUUCUACGAUUACAAUGAAAUUGACUAUCAGUGUACAAACUACUCCAACCAAAAAAAGAUUAAUGCUCUUGAUAUAGCUGGGUGCUCUCGAGAGGGUGAUAAUGAUGAAGGUGUGCAAUCACUGGAGGAAGUUUUUGAAGAGUUCACUACAAUCUACAUCAUUGCUAGUUGUCUAGUGAUAUUUGUGAUGAUCAUGGUUAUCCUGAUAUACUGGAAUUGGUUUUAUAUAAAAUACUUUUGCGUUUUGCUGAAAAACUCGGCUAUUCUAAGUUUUUUCAACGAUGACAAAAUGUAUUUGGACAAAACUGCUAUUGUGGAGGAAACCUUUUAUCAGUAUGAUGUCUUCGUGAGCUACAGUGACAACGAUCGGUCCUGGGUGCUCGAUCACAUGCUACCGGAACUGGAGAAAGAGGAUCUUAUAUCGGUUUGCUUACACGAGAGAGAUUUUGAGGUUGGCUACAGUAUUUUGGAAAACAUAAUAUCCUGUAUGGAUCGAUCGAGAUGUUUGAUGCUAAUUGUUUCGGAAAGUUUCUUGCUAAGCAGAUGGUGUCAAUUCGAGAUGCACUUGGCUCAACACAGACUCCUGGAAACCCGCCGCGAUGAGCUAAUACUGGUACUGUUGGAGGAUCUUCCGAAGCGCAAAUGCCCAAAAACACUUAGCUAUCUGAUGAAAACGAAAACCUACAUCAAGUGGCCGAACGAGCGAACGCAUGAGCAAGAGCUUUUCUGGAAACGUCUGCGCAAAGCUUUACUGUCUUCCAAGUGUUGACCGAUUGAUGGGAAGAAGAACGCAAUUGGUUUCGUUUCACGAUGUUGUAUAUUGUUAGGCGCACCACUUUCGUGAUUGAUCAAUUUAGGCUUUGUACUAUUUUUAUAUCAAACAGCAUAUUAUUCUGAAAAAUUAUAUUAUUCAAGCCUGUUAAAUAAAGAAAU